CUUUUUCUUCCGUUGCUUCCCACAUCUGUCUCUGAGCUUAUUCUCUCGUGCCGGGGUAUCCCCUUUGAAGAUGGAUGACACCGAUAGCAUUGAAUCCCAUCCGGAUGGACUCCAACCUGCUGACUCCAAGGGAGGCGGCGUCUACACAACCAGGGCGAAACCGCAGAGCAUCAACUCCAAGGCCGCCAGUGUCGACGUGGAGGAAUGCUCCAUCGACGAGAAAGUCUUGCCGGAUGAGCGCGAUGUGAGGAAGAGACAGGUAUUUCGUGGCUGGACGCUUGCAUGGCUGUCCUACCAGUCGGUCGGUGUCAUAUAUGGUGACAUCGGAACGAGUCCCCUUUACACCUAUUCGUCUACGUUCAGCAGUGAUCCCUCCCGCGAGGAUAUCCUCGGAGCCUGCUCGCUCAUCAUCUGGUCCCUUACGAUUAUGGUCACCAUCAAGUAUAUCCUCAUCGUUUUGUACGCGGAUGACGAGGGUGAAGGAGGAACGUUUGCUCUCUAUUCACUCAUCUCUCGCUAUGCAAACAUCGUCAGUCGGGAUCCGCGCGAGGAGAGAAUGGUCAAGAUAGAGCGCCAUAAAACAGGCGACCUGGGCUCUGUCAACUGCACUGUCCGUCGAGUGAUGGAGAGAAGCAAAAUCCUGCAAUGGGUUUUUAAAGUAAUCGGAGUUCUGGGAGUAGCGUUACUUCUUGCUGAUGGUGUGCUAACCCCUGCUCAAUCUAUUCUCGGUGCCAUCCAAGGGAUCACCGUGGUCAAUUCCAAUAUCCACACGUCCACUGUCAUAGGGGUCACCUGUGCCAUCCUGGUUGUUGUCUUCCUGGUCCAACCGCUAGGGAUUACGAAGAUCGCCAGCACGUACGCCCCCAUUGUCAUUCUCUGGCUGUUGUUCAAUCUCACCUUUGGCAUCUACAAUAUCGCCACCUACGAUGCAUCAGUCUUCAAGGCUUUCUCGCCCUACUUUGCCGGCCACUUCCUAGAAGCCAACGGCCGGUCUGGAUGGCUGCAGCUCGGUGGAAUUAUUCUUGCCUUUACUGGUGUAGAAACACUAUUCGCCGACGUGGGUGCCUUCAGCAGACGAGCCGUUCAAAUAUCAUGGCUGUGCUUUGCCUAUCCGUGCCUUCUCUUCAGCUAUAUCGGCCAAGCUGCUCAUAUCAGUGUUGUACCGAGUGCAUAUGCCAAUCCCUUUUACCUGACAGUUCCCCCGGGCAUGCUCUAUCCCAGUCUCGUUGUGGCAAUACUUGCCUGCAUUGUUGCUAGCCAGGCGACCAUCACGGGUGCUUUCCAGCUGCUGGCGCAAAUCAUGAAACUCUCGUACUUCCCCCAGAUCGAAUUGGUGCAUACAUCUAAGAAAUUCUACGGCCAGAUAUAUAUUCCCCUGGCUAACUGGAUUAUGAUGAUUGGUACGGUUAUCGUGGCUGCUGUUUUUAACAAUACAACCGCUCUGGGAGAAGCCUAUGGCUCCUGCGUGAUUCUGGUGACGUUCCUUACCACCUGUAUGGUCGCCGUUGUCGCCUUGAUCGUCUGGCGACUUCCCUUUUACGUGGUAUUACCUGUCUUCAGUAUCUUUGCCCUGUGGGAUGGGAUGUUCCUGUCCGCAGCCCUCACCAAGGUUCCCCACGGAGCAUGGGUUACGCUGAUGAUUGCCGCUGCGCUCAGUGCCAUCUUCAUCCUCUGGCGCUACGGCAAGGAGCAGCAGUGGAGGUCAGAAGCCACCGACGAUAUUCCUCUCUCGCAGACAGUGCAGGUGGAGAGCGACGGCGACACUUCAACCCUCCGACUCCAAUCUGCAUAUGGCGGGAAUGUCCUGUCGCGAACCCAGGGCUUCGGUAUCUUCUUUGACAAAACCGGCAACCCGUCGUAUACUCCGGCCGUGUUUCUGCAUUUUGUCCAAAAGUUCCAAGCGAUGCAGGAUGUCACUGUGUUCUUUCAUCUGCGUCCUCUUUCAUUGCCGAGUGUUGAUCCCGCGGACAGGUUCACCGUUAUGCGCUGCUACGCUCACGGUUCCGAGAGAAAAAAAAGGGCCAUCCCCAAUUGCUACCGGUUGGUGGUGCGCCAUGGCUACACGGAUGAAGUUAUCACGCCUAAUCUGGGUCUGCUCGUGUUCGACCAGAUCCGGAAAUUUUUGGUGGAGCAGCAGAGGUCUAUUGGAGUGCGUCCGUUUGAACGGUCCGGACAACUUGCUUCAGAGCUCCAAACGCUGGAGGAUGCGUAUAGCCAGCGGGUUGUUUACAUCGUCGGCAAGGAACAGCUACGUAUCAAGAAGGGCACGAAUAUCUUCCGCCGACUCGCGCUGAUGGUCUUCUUGUGGAUUCGCGACCAGACUCGGACGAAGGUGCAGAGUCUGAAUGUCCGGGUAGAUCGGCUGGUUGAGGUAGGCUUUGUGAAGGAUAUAUGAUUGUGCUUGUUCACUAUAUUUGUUUGUGGGUUUCUUCAGGAACAUGUCAAUAAUGGAGUCUCUACGGAGCAUGAUAAGGGAGCACUCUCCAUGAAGGAUCCGGGGUAGCUUCAGUAUUGCGGCUUUCAUUAGAUUUGUAUACAUCUAUAGACAGUCUACCUGCAUUAAUGAAAUAUCGACUGCCGUUACUCUCCUCAA